AUGAAAAAUACAAAAAGUGAUGAUACAACUGGAUCUUCUAAGGCUCGAAUGAUCCGGAUGGAACAAAUGUUAGAAGCUUUAACAGAAACAAUCAGACAACAACAAAGACAACAACCUGUGCUCCCUCUACCACCUCCUGUGCCAGUUGAGUUGGAAAACACUAACAUUAUUUCACUGACCCAAAAGUUCAACAAAAUGAAGCCGCCAAUCUUUCUGGGUGGUAUUAAGCUGUUGAAAGCCGAAACAUGCCUGCUAGAGAUUAAAAAGAUAUUUGAAGUGUUCCCAUGCUCAAAAACGCAGAAAGUUCUUUUGGCCACCUAUACUCUAAAAGAAGAAACUAGACGAUGGUGGAUGCUUAUCCGAGAUGGUAGUGGGACUAUGACGUCGAGCCAAUUUAAGGUAGUAUUCUAUGAGAAAUAUUUCCCCCAAUGUUUUAGAGAUUGUAAAGUGUCAGAAUUUCAAGAACUUAAGCAAGGCAAAAUGUCUGUAGCCAAAUAUGAGGCUAAGUUCACAGAGUUAGCCUGA